AUACAAGCUAAUGGCAACUAUGACAAGGAUAACCAAAACACAAGCCUCUUUAUGUAUCAGCAAAGAGCUAAUUAGUCUUUUUCUUCUCCUUCUUCCAUUUAUUUCUUCUCUGUUAGUUUUCCUUUCUCUACAAUUCCAAUCCCUAAUUUCAAGCCCUAGCUUCUUUUUCAAUUGAUAUCAGAGCCUGGUUACGAUCCAGGGACCUGUGGGUUAUGGGCCCACCACGCUUCCGCUGCGCAACUCUGAUUUCCAUUUAUUCGUCCAACAUGUUUGACAUGCCCCCAAUCAAUAUUUGUUGGUUUGUGAAUUGCCCCCUGUCCAAACUUUGGGACACUAAUUUUUUCUCUUGUUGGAGACUUUGAUAAAAUGUGCAGUAAAUGAUCACAUCGAGGUAGACCAAAUUUUUUUGUUUUGAAAUUUGGCAUCUGGUCACCAUCCCAACACUGAGAAUUACUUUUGGUAAUCAUCAUUGCCACAUCUGCUAACUUGGUGGAAUGUGUGAAAAAUAUUCAUAUUGCCAAGAAAUGGGAUGGCAUGCCCCCCUAGCAGCUUAACUUGAUCAUUAUUGUCAAAUUUCCUAUUGUGCUUCUCUUUUUCAAUGUAUUCACAUAUGGGUUGCUUACCAGUUUUUCACUUUUGAUAUUUCUAGAAGGACAAAUACGUUUUUUUCUAAUGGCUUAUGCAAGCAAUACUAUACUUUUGAGGUCGGGCAAACAAUGAUGUUCCCAGAACAAGACACUUUUGCAUUGCUUGUUGUAAACAACAGUGUUGAAUCCAAAUGAGUGGGCGAGUCCUUAUUGACAUUAUCUAAACCACUACCAAUUCCAUCAUUGGCAUAUGCAGGUUCUUUAAGUUUUUUACUAGUCAAGUGAGAACAGUUGGAUUGACCACUACUGUUACCUUUACAUUGUGGACUGUCCAUCAAAAUAGGCAGACACCCAACUUUCUCAUCAACCAAUUGUGGUUAAUUGCCAAAACCACGAGUUUGGGCAGUGUAACAUCCCUUACCUUUUGCUAACGAAGAUAUUGUCUGCUUUGGGCCUCGACCCUCACUUUUUUUUUACUUGGGGUGCAAUUCAAGGUGACUUCCCAUAAGGUCACCCAUCCUUGUUGUACUCCACACUGAGCACAUUUGAUUUCGGCGUUCUCACAAUAACUCCUCCAUUUCACCUCAGAACCCGUCUUGCCAUUUAAGACCGGUUUCUUACUUAUGAACCAUGGAUCUCUCCCGUGCUUUAUCAAUGUGGGAUUUGCCUUAGGUGUUACGGGCACUGCUUACUGUUUCAAUUUUUUCAUUCACCAAAUUCUUGUCGCUCAACAACAAGAUUCUUUCUGGUACAAUGGAUGCAUCGUGCAUAAUUUCAUAUUUUUAAAUUUCAAUAUCACUAACCUAUCAAUCAUCCUAUCACAAGCUAUAUCAAAGCUUUGCUCGAUAUUAGCAAAAUGCUUAUUUAAAGAGCCAAUGUGAAGAUUUACCUGUUGGUCGAUUCUAUAGAGCCCAGCCACCAUUUAAUGAAUCUCCUCCAUCAUUUGGCAGAGUGAGGGCUUUGCUUCAUAUGGAUCUGGACUUGAAACCAAGAGUGACAUCAUUAAUCCAACACUGUUACCUGAGGUCCCUCCAACUUGGUCAAUCUCGACACUAACCAACUGCUCCUCCAAAAAAAUCAUGUGAAAGAUCAUCUUCUUGUUGUAUCAGUCGCGAAGCCAUACCAAACACACGUGUCCCACUAGGCGUGCCAAUUUGUUAACGAUGAAAAAACGGUGGUUGGAUUGUGCAUGACUUCUAUGAAGGUGAAUAUUGUUAUUAUGGUCCACACCUCUUCAAAAAAUAUCCGAGCGAGGUUGUUUGGUGUGUGUGGAAUCUAAGUUACCUUACACUACUCCUAUGGAGAUUACUUGAGAGCUCCGCGAAUACAACUAAGACUACGACUAUGAAUGAUCCUUCAUGGAGGAGAGCUCCACAAACUACAAAGAAAAAGAAAAAAGGGACAGUUGAGCUAAGUUGUCUUUGUGUUGUGUUGUGAUGGUCUGCCUUGCUCCAGAAGGUUUCUUUAGGUUUUGUUGCCCAAAUUCGUCCAACUGCUCUCUCACUCCUCCUCCUGAAAAGUAGCUCCACUUAGCCUCUAUGCAAGUUAGUUGUCAUCGUCAGAAGUCUCUAGACGCCUCAUCAUGUCAUCUUGUUUCAUCAUGGAUGGAACUAUCUGACACGCCAAAACACAACACCAAUCUGCGACCAAGUGUAAUCGAAGACCGGGAAUGCAGUAAAGUGGCAAGUUAUAUUAUCAACCCGGGGUCUAGAUCUACUGCUUACUCAGUGAUUAUCUAUUAUCUAGCCAACUAAGUCAAGUGAUUGUUGUUUAAAGCAAAAGCAGAAAGAAAGCAGGAAUUGGUACGGUUUUCUCAAGCAAAGAAGAGUCACUCGGGAAUGAGUCCCCCUAGCUCCUUAGUUAGGUUUCAAUUGUAAUUUCCCUGGGUUGAUUUACUGUUGAUUAGACUGCGGAAGAUCCGACAGUAGCUUGGAAUCUCUUAAGCUGACCAAGCCCUCUCAGACUAACUACCCGGCAGACGACUAGUCUUCACCGGGAUAGAAAGCUGAAGCAGUAAGAACAGAACUCCACUACUGGAAUUGAAUUCCAGUACAAAGAAGUAAACUGGCUAACUCUCGUAUAGCCAAUCUCCUACUACCAAAUGAUGAGGCUCUAGCAACCUAAUCAGAUUCUAUCUAUCUCAGGUUGCAGCAGAAAUCAGGAAAAGCUGAUCAGACUUCAAUUGACUCAAUAAACAUGCAUCAUUCGAUUAAAACCAAGCAGUAAUAUCAUCCCAAGUCAUUACAAUCAAAUCCCUAACACAUAGAACUAGGGUUCUUCAUAUCCAAGUGAGAGAAGGGUUCUACUCCAUAGAGAGAGAGAGGAAAACAGAAUACAUAGUAGUCAUACUCAUAAAGAUGAGGAAAAUCUUCUCUGGGAUGAUGAUUUCCACUCCUAUGACGAUCUCCAAGCUUGAUUUGAUGAAACCCAGCUCCAAGAUAGCUUCUAGGAUGUGUUCUUCGUACUUUCUCUCUCUAGGGCUCUGUUUUUGCUCUCAAAACUCGAUUCUCCCACUUUCAGCCCGAAAUUGGGUAAAAACCCAGAAAUUCCCGACUCACACGGGCAGGCCCACACGGCCGUGUGGCAUACCCAGUUGCCCGUGUGACUUCAAAACGCCGCGUUCCGAUUAAUUGCACUUCAGGCUUCCUACACGGCCAGGGUCACACGGCCGUGUAGCUCACCCAACCUGGCCGUGUGAAGCCUCGCAGAAUUCCACACGGCCAAACAGCAACUUCACACGGCCGUGUGACAAUCAGGGCUGGCCGUGUGAAGGCUCGCACAAUCCCACACGGCCAAAGUGGUCACUUGCACGGUCGUGUGGGUUGUGGGUGUGCCCGUGUGGCUUCCUUUUUGACUUGCCUCGCGCCCGAUCUUCGUCCAAUCGACCCCGAACUCGCUCCUAAACCUUCAUUCACUUGCUAGGACCUGAAAUAUCACAAACAAACACAACCUAGCAUGAAAUCGGCCUAAAACACGAGAAUUACCAUCUCAAACGGCUCCAGAAUAGGGGUAAAAACAUGUGCAAUUAACGGCUUAUCACUAUCCAACUAGUAUUUUGGAUUGUAUCGAUAAUGCGGGAUGGUACCAUCCAGUUAGUACUUUGGAUGGUGUCCAUGAUAAAGGAUGGUUACCAUCCACUAAGGUUGGAUGAUGUCCAUUAUAUGGGAUGGUACCAUCCACCUUAGAAUUGGAUGGUAUUCAUGACAUGGGAUGGUCACCAUUCAAUAAGAGGUUGGAUGAUGUCCACUAUAUGGAAUGGUACCAUCCACUUUGGGGUUGGGAUGGUAUCAAUGAUAUUUGGUACGGUACCAUCCACCUUAGAGUUGGAAUGGUAUCCAUGAUAUUUGAGAUGGUACUAUCCAUCAUAGGAUUGGAUGGUAUCGAUGAUAUUUGGGGUGAUACCAUCAACCAUGGGGUUGAGAUGGUACCAUCCACUUUGAGGCUGGAUGGUUACCAUGGGACUUGACACAUGGUGACCAAGUACUUGUGGUCACCUUGCCCCAACUAUUACCCAGUAAUAUACUGUCCAAAUAGAAAAUUCACUUAGUUUCCAAAACCACCUUAAUGGUAUUUUAAUUGAAGAUUAUUUUGGUGUAAACAACCGACAUAUCUUUGGUAAUUUAUCGUCGGUCAUUCGGUAAUCCAAUACCGAAUAUGAGAAGUGAAGCCAAACGCGUCGGCCCCUAAGACCCCAACCCAGCAAUCCUAAUUAAGUAAUAACUAGUAAGUAAUUAACCUAGUAAAAUACUAAUCUUUUGUAUUGCUCUCUCGUCUCUCCACUGCCUGUCGUAGGAUGAGUCACGCACCUUGAUCCCUCCUCCACUACUCGAAUUUAAACGUCGUCGGCCGCCCGUCCAAAACAAGCAGAAUUUUUGUCCUCUCUGUCAUCGACGCACGCUCGAACUACAGAGACGACCCAGUACGACCUAUCAAAUUUUUUUUCAUUUCCUUCGGGCUCUAUUUUUGUCGACCUUCGUUGGCCCUACUUCGCUGCCGGAGCUUAAUGGCUCGACCCAGCGGCCCAACUGUUCAUCGACCCAGAGGAGAGUAGGCGGUGAGUGUUGCAGGCUUGCAGCCGGUAAGAGGAGCAAAGCAAUGUAUAUAUAUAUGGUGAAUUCUAUGGUACCCCGGGUGAAAUCCGGGAUACCGCAUACCUUGAGUAUGGAAAUGGUAUCUAGACCUCGAAUUAACAGGAUUUUUGGGUUUGAUACUAUACCCUAACCCUUAAUGAGUGAACCCUAGAUCCUAAUUAUCUAAAUCAUAAUCUAUAAACCCUAAGAUGGUGCAUUCCUUUUUGUGCCUAUAUUUGGACGAAUCAUAACCGUCGAUUAUUGUUUCUAAUUAAAUUGAUAUUGGAGUAUAAGAUUGGGAGAAUGAAGACCUAGAUUUUGAUCUUUAAAGGUUAGAGUAUAGUAUCAUGCCCGAAAGAUCGAUCAAUUCAAAGUCUAAAUAGUGUUUUCAUACUCAAGAUAUGCGGUACCCCGGAUUUUACUAAGGGGACCGUAGAACUCGCCAUAUAUAUAUUUAUAUUUAUAUUUAUAUAUAUGGUUCAGGCUAGCGUAUGCCCGGGCGUACGUUAGACUACCGUACGCCCAUUUGAGUUUUUCUAUUUAGAUAAGGAAUUAACCGGAGUUUUGGACAUGAUACUAUAUCCUAACCACUAAUGGAUAAACCCCAGUCCCUAGUUUGCUGGCUGUGUAUGUUAUUGUCGAGAGCAUAUGAGACGCUUUGUUCUUAAAUAGGUAGUAGCUACUAGCUAGCAAGUCGAGCAGGGAAAACAGGUAUCCAGUUAAUAACAUAUACCGUAUAAAUUCGGUAUUCGGUUUACCGAGUUAAGUUCGGUAUCGACAAACAGUGAAACGCCCUGAUCCUUUUAAACAUACUAAAAUACUCAUGGCUCAAUAGCCGACCAAAAAACUAUGUUUAAAAAUUCCAAUAAAAUUAAAUACAACCGAAUCACUUCCAAAGAAAUUCUAAUGAAAUGU